CGCCAGUGUGGCCAACAUUUCGGGGCGGCCACGUUUGUUUGUUGUUCUUAUCCAGCUGUGCGACUGCGGACGCUGACGAGUGACGCUACUGUUGCCUGCCAGAUUAUCGAAAAACCAAACAAAAGAGCUACAGUUGUACGUAUAGUGUGUGUAAUACAGAUACACAAGCAGCAAACAUAAACAAGCGCCAGUGCUAUGAGAGGUUAUGACUCAUACGUUCGACUUUUUCGCAAAAAGUAGCAGCUGCUUAAAAUGGAUUUUCUGAUCGGCCAAGUUUGACACAUCGCAUGAGUGGAACAAUAUAUCAGUAGAAACAGCUGAUCAGAAGCAUUAUCGCCUGUCAGACGCUCAAUUGAAUCGCGCGGGGAAUAAACCAAAGUUAAUAAGCUCGUAAACCAUGCCGUCCAUUGGAAUUUGCUGCUCGAGUGCAGAUACGUGCAACACAUAGAUAUGAGCUGCUGCACAAAAAAAACAGAACUAAAGGGAUUGUGAUAAUUUUUUAUUUAAUUGAUACCAACGUAGACAUGCCUAGCACUCAUCAAGCUGCUCCAGUGGGGAUCAGAGUUAUAGAAUGGACUACUAGCAAAUGUUGUCCGCAUGACCGGAGAAAAGAUCGCAUGACAUGGCAUCGUGCUGGCGUACUUGCUCUUACUUAUUUGGCAUACACUUGCUAUCAUAUGACAAGGAAGCCAAUUUCAGUUGCCAAAAAUGUACUUAGUCAAAAUUGUCGUGAUAUUUUACCACCUCCAGGUGUUAUUGUCAAUGCUACCAACAGGGAAACGUGGUGUGAUUGGGCUCCAUUUGAUAGACCAGAUGCCUCUGCCUUACUAGGAACACUAGACUCUGCGUUUUUAUUUAGCUAUGCUGCCGCUAUGUUUAUCAGUGGUUUCAUUGCAGAAAGAGUUAAUCUGCGAUAUUUUUUAUCACUUGGCAUGAUUGGAACAGGUAUUUUCACUUACCUUUUCGGCAUUGCAAGGCCUUACAAUAUUCAUAACUUGUGGUACUUUAUAUUUGUACAGGGUAUGGGAGGAGUAUUUCAAACAUCUGGCUGGCCAGGUGUUGUCACAGUUGUUGGAAAUUGGUUUGGUACAGGGAAGAGAGGUUUGAUAUUUGGCAUUUGGAAUUCACAUACUUCCUUAGGCAAUAUUGUUGGUACGAUCAUCGCAGCAGAAUAUGUUGAAAGGGACUGGGGAUUGAGCUUUAUGGUCCCAGGAGCCAUUAUAGGAAUUUGUGGAUUCAUUCUCUUCCUGUUUUUGGUACCAAAGCCAGCUGAUGUUGGCUGUGUACCACCUGGAUCUUAUGGUUAUAGAAAAAUAGAAUCUACUCAUAAUUCUGAUGAAGAGAACGACCAUGAUGAUGAAGAGUCUGCUUAUAAUGCUAACAGGAGAAUCACGUAUCGAAAUACUGGGCGUCAGCAGUGCGUUACUAAUGUUGAUUCUGUAAUUGAUUUCACGGAGACAAGUCCCAUAUUGUCGGUGAAUCAAAACGUAGAAAGUACCGACGAGAGAGCUGUUGGAUUUAUGGGUGCAAUUAGUAUACCUGGCGUUAUUGAGUAUUCUCUGUCGCUGUUUUUCGCCAAACUCGUUAGCUACACAUUCCUCUUUUGGCUGCCGCUCUAUAUCUCCAGCUCCACAACCUACAAUCCGACAUUGAGUGCGGAUUUGUCGACGCUAUUCGACGUCGGUGGAAUCAUUGGUGCAAUAAUCGCUGGCGUGUUAUCCGAUUUUUCGGGUAUGAGUGCGUUGACCUGCGCUGUUAUGCUAGGAUUGUCCUGUCCGACGCUUUUGAUAUACGACUUUUUUGGUAACAUGAACCUCGCCGCAAACGUAUUACUGCUGUUGUUAGCAGGUCUCUUAGUGAAUGGUCCUUACGCAUUGAUAACGACAGCCGUAUCGGCUGAAUUAGGUACUCAUCCUAGUCUUGGACAAGACUCGAAAGCUUUGGCUACCGUGACAGCCAUAAUUGAUGGUACCGGCAGUAUUGGCGCAGCUGUAGGUCCACUAGUGGCUGGAUUUGUGUCCAGUCGAGGCGAUCCUAAGACUGCUUGGCAUAAUGUGUAUUAUGUGCUUAUUGCUUCCGAAUUCAUGGCAAUUUUGCUAUUGUCAAGAUUGGUAUACAAGGAUCUCAAGCAUUACCCGCAAAGGCGGCGAGCAAUGUAACGAUGCACAAACUAGUUCCAUAAAAAAACAUUUAAAGAAUUAAUUUUAAAACUAUGAAAUAUGUGUAAAUGAAUUGUUGUAACUGUAUUUUUGUAUAUUGUAUUUUUAAGAAUGAAUCUUUUUUGUUAAAGAUGAAUUUAAGAUGAAAUUUAUCAAGU